AUGCCGACAUUUAAACUGCGGCUCCCGUCCAAUCGGACACUGGGCAACAUAUGUGUAUACGGCGCUAUGGUGUCCAUCUCAGCGGUAAUGUUCAUGCGCUGGAAACUCGAAGAUCGUGUGCGUUCCUCAGAGUAUUAUAAAUUGGCACUGCAAACACUACGCCAACACAAAGGUGCGGUCGGAUUGCUAGGCGAACCCAUCAAGGACUCUGGCUUCGACAUAUCCAAUUCGGCUAAUACAUGUAAUGCAGAGAGCGCCCAAUUCGAGAUUUCUGUGCGUGGCCCCAAGGACAAAGGCAAACUUUUCUUUUGGGCAAUAAAUAAGGAAGACGGCUGGCUCAUAGAUCGACUAGAGUUGGAGGCCAAUCAGCAUCCCAAUAAGCGUUUUUUGCUUAAAAAACAAGAUGAAUACUCGGUGCGGGACCAAACGGAACCCAAACACUCAGAAUUACCAGCCGGCGUACCACAUUAUGAGAGACACGGAUACCCGAAGCCACAGCCGCUUCACCAAGCGGAAGAAUCAUCGGCUUUCGUUCACACAGCGGAUGGCGGACGCAUGCGAUAAAUCAAAAUUUUCAAUUUAUAUCAUUUAUUGUUAUUAAAUUUGACUAUGCAAGCUUUUAA